CCGAGUACAAAAAUGUCACAUGUAGAUUGUAGAAAUGACAUAACUAUACUGAAUUCCUAUAAUAUUAUGUAUAGUUUAAGAAAGGAAUUAGAACAAAGAAAAAGUGAUAAGUUCUUUGGUUAUGAAUCAAAAAUGAGAUUACAAAAAAUUGAAAAGGCAUCACCCGAAAUAUUCAAUACUGUUAUCAGUAAUUUUUCACUUUUUAUUGAUACGAGUUUAAAUUAUUUGAAAAAAUGGUUUGAUUUGAGCGAAGACAUCUGGCUUUCAAUACUUCCUAACAUAUCUUUUAAAAAUGAGGGUAAAUUUGAACAUUUUGAAAUGGUAAUUAAAAAAGCUAAAUUACAAGAUAUUAAAUAUAAAGAUGGACAAUUUAUAUUCUCAAUAAGACUUAAAGAGAUCCAAAGAAUAUUUACUAAUAAUGAUAAAAACAUUCGAAGAAAAAUACACGUGACAAUUCUUAAAAAUGCAUCUGAUAGCUUACGAAAUAUAAAAUAUUUGUUAUUUACUCUCUGUACUCUCCACUUUAUCUUUCACCGAGAGUUUUUUUGGUAAUGAAGAAAGAAAAGGGAAACAAAUCGUCGAUAAAUUUAAUUAAAAACUAUUUAUUUAAAUUUAAGUUUUGAU